GUUUUGAGACCCAAGAGGGGAUGUGUGUGACGGGAACCUGAACUUCGGGCACAAACCUGUACCUUUCUAAUAUGGACCUUGCUAAUAUGCAGCCAGCUCAAUUUUAAGCCAUCUAUUGGAUCAGUUCAAGUCCAACCUGGGGAGAAGAAACAGUUAAAGAAAUGCCUCAAGUGUACUUGCAUUCAGCUAAUCAGACUUUGUGUGCAUCUGCAAAUGGCACAGGGCUGAAAUCAGUCAGGGAGAACGAAACCACAAGCGAACAAUGGACCGAAGACUCCUUUCCAGGAUUAGAGAUCCUGUGCACCAUUUACAUCACAUAUGCUGUGAUCAUUUCAGUGGGUCUCCUUGGAAAUGCUAUACUCAUCAAAGUCUUUUUCAAGAUUAAAUCCAUGCAGACUGUUCCCAACAUCUUCAUCACCAGCCUGGCAUUUGGAGACCUGCUCCUCUUAUUAACUUGUGUGCCCGUCGAUGCAACGCGUUACAUCGUGGAUACGUGGCUCUUUGGGAGGAUUGGUUGCAAGCUGCUCUCCUUCAUCCAGCUCACCUCAGUUGGAGUCUCAGUGUUUACCUUGACUGUUCUCAGUGCUGACAGGUACAGAGCCAUCGUUAAGCCCUUGGAACUGCAGACUUCUGAUGCUCUCCUGAAGACCUGCUGCAAAGCUGGCUGUGUUUGGAUUGUCUCCAUGAUACUGGCCAUCCCAGAGGCUGUCUUCUCAGAUUUAUAUUCUUUUAGCAACCCUGACAAAAACAUCACUUUUGAGGCAUGUGCUCCCUAUCCUGUAUCUGAGAAAAUCCUGCAGGAAGCUCACUCCCUACUUUGCUUCUUGGUGUUCUAUAUUGUCCCCUUAGCUGUCAUUUCUGUCUACUACUUUCUUAUUGCCAGAACUCUGUAUAAAAGCACUGUCAACAUGCCAGCAGAGGAACACGGGCAUGCUCGUAAGCAGAUUGAAUCCCGCAAGAGAGUUGCCAAAACAGUGCUGGUGCUCGUUGCCUUGUUUGCCCUCUGCUGGCUGCCUAACCACGUCCUCUACCUGUACCGCUCCUUCACGUACCAUGCCUCCGUAGAUGCUUCCACCUUUCACCUGAUAGCUACCAUUUUCUCCCGUGCCUUGGCCUUCAGCAAUUCCUGUGUCAAUCCUUUUGCUCUUUACUGGCUGAGUAAAAGCUUCAGGCAGCAUUUUAAGAAGCAAGUCUCAUGCUGCACAGCAAAGUUUGGUACCAAGCCUCCCAGUGCUCCCCAGAGCAACACACCCACCAGAGCCAUGUCGAUCACGGGCAGCACCCACGGCUCAGAGAUCAGCGUCACCCUCCUCACAGAUUACAGUAUCACAAAAGAAGAGGAAAGUGUUUAAUUCAUCUGGGAUAAAGGACAGAAAGUGAGCCUUUGCAAUCAUGUCACUACUGCUGGGAUCCUGGAAAGAGGAGCCAUGGCUUGCCCUGGCUGUGAAAGCUCCCAGGAAGAUGAUCCAUGGCUUGCCCUGGCUGUGAAAGCUCCCAGAAAGAGGAGCCAUGGCUUGCCCUGGCUGUGAAAGCUCCCAGAAAGAGAAGCCAUGGCUUGCCCUGGCUGUGAAAGCUCCCAGGAAGAUGAUCCAUGGCUUGCCCUGGCUGUGAAAGCUCCCAGAAAGAGGAGCCAUGGCUUGCCCUGGCUGUGAAAGCUCCCAGUAAGAAGAGCCAUGGCUUGCCCUGGCUGUGAAAGGCUCCCAGAAAGAGAAGCCAUGGCUUGCCCUGGCUGUGAAAGCUCCCAGAAAGAGGAGCCAUGGCUUACCCUGGCUGUGAAAGCUCCCAGAAAGAGAAGCCAUGGCUUACCCUGGCUGUGAAAGGCUCCCAGAAAGAGAAGCCAUGGCUUGCCCUGGCUGUGAAAGCUCCCAGAAAGAGGAGCCAUGGCUUGCCCUGGCUGUGAAAGCUCCCAGUAAGAAGAGCCAUGGCUUGCCCUGGCUGUGAAAGGCUCCCAGAAAGAGGAGCCAUGGCUUGCCCUGGCUGUGAAAUGUUCUUCAUCAGAAGUUCCUCAUUACUUCAAAAACUUAUAAAGAAGUCACAUUGGGAGAAGAAGCUGCAGCAUCUGAACUUGCCAAGCUCAUUGGGAGGGUUCAUGUGCCCAAGCAUGAACACAGACCCCUAGCUUGAAUUCCUGGACUGGAGAGGGCAGGAUACAGCAGUGUUGGUGAGGAUUGUUUUGUUCUUGGUGACUUAUUCUUUGACCUGUGACUGAGAGCUCCAUCUCUCAAGUACCUUCACCUGCAGCAAGCCACUGAAACAACAUUAUCUUCCCAAGAGCAUUGACCAGGCAAAUAUUGGAUCCACUUCUUUUCUUGUCCCACAUGUGAACAACUGGUAUGCAUGUCAGAAAGCAGGCUGGAAUGAAAGAGAGCUCAGGUUUGUAGACUGGUGUGCUACAAAAAGACCAAUCAUUAUGGGUCAGAUCCACACCAGCCUCUGCUCUGUCACUGACUUUGAGACUCUAGGAAAGAGCUGAGUGCUGUGUGCCCUUCUCAGCUGCUAAGGAGGGAACCAGCAGGUGAACAGCUCUUUUAAGAACCUAUAAUCACCUUUAACCAUGUUUGUAAAAACCUUUGUGAUCUACAGGUAACAGAUCUCAGUAGUGCAGAGUUCUUUAUUGUUACAGUGAUUUAACAUCAAGAAAUUGGGGUGAAUCUGUGUUCUAAGA